AUGCGUCCUGAAUUUCUACUAGUUUUUCUGAUUGCUCAUAUAUUGUGCAAACAUGAAGGUACGGAAGAAGAAGGAAUACUAGAAGUUGAAAAGUGUCCUUUUUUGCAGAAGGACCACCAGCGGAUAGUGGAUUAUACAACGAAUAUCAGUACUAUUAUGACGUGCACAUCAAUGAAACCACCAAGUCUCUUCUCGACUUGGAUCCCGAGAUUAGCAUAAUAUUGGCGUUGUACAUUUCCGGGAACCUUAUAGUAUCGCAGCGAGAGCUAACAGAGUUUUUCAAAAACAUUGACAGUUUUAUGAACGGUAUCCGGAUCAGUAACACUAACCUGGAAAACUUGUCGUUUCUGAAACCCUUCAUUGUCGAUGAGUUGGAUGAUUCCAGUACAACUCUGUUACUUUGGAUUUGAACUUGAUUUGAACUUUUCAGCUUUUUCAAUCGAGAUAUCUAAUAAUCCAAACCUUACAAGAAUAGGCAUUGACUUCACAGAAUGUACCAACUGCUGGGGAUCGAUCGCUAUAAUCAACAAUACAAAAUUGGAUUUGAAAGAUGAAUGCGACAAUAUUAUCGAUCAUUACGCAACGAAUCGAGACAUUACCGGGAAUUUUAACGAUUGUGGUAAGAGCUACGUUUUUUUUGUGUAUUCAAGACUCUUUUCUCAUAGGAUGCACAAUAAAAGGUCAGUUCAACAAGUACAUUCAAACGAUGCCGUCUAAUUGCUACUGGCUCGUCGGAAAUGUCAGUAUUGAUCAAAACUCCGACUACAAUCUCGUAAGGGUGAGCAAAACAUUCCUUGUUUUAAACUUGUUUUAAAAACUUUUCUAAAUUCCAGCAGAAGAUGGCAAAUAUAACUCGAAUUUCUGGUGGUCUAACGAUUACAAAAACAAAUUUCACGGAUUUGACAUUUCUAAAGAAUCUUCAGAAAAUUGAAGUGAAUGCCUAUAAGACCAGUAGUCUUCCAAGUGUCACAAUAACUGGGAAUAGUGAACUGACCUCUCUUGGAAUGAGACCUGUCAGAGAUGGUCUCUACCUGACUAUCCGAGACAAUCCGAAACUUUGUGUACUACCAGAAGAGUUAGAAGCGCUCUUCCAAGGUCUCUCAUUAGAUUCUAAUAUGGACAUUAACAUUUGCGUUGAAAACAGUACCGCAAAAGGUUUCUGUGAAAUUCCCGAUUCCGGAGCUCUCAAGGUUUGAAAGAAGCGUUCGAGUUGCGAAAGUUGUAAAAAUUGUUUAGGACUUCCCUGACGAUUGCACUACAUUAUUAGGCGAUUUGGUUGUGAAUGCUGAUUACGACUAUACAAACGGCUACAAACUGUAUAAUGUAGCUCUCAUAUACGGAAGUCUGAACAUUAGCAAUAGUCCGAUCAGAAAUGCUAACAUGCUAUUCAAUCUAGAAAGGAUCCGGUCGGUUAGAGGUAUUUUUCAAAAAAUAUUUUUCAAGUAUCUAUAAAUGUUUCCAGACAAUGUCGCACCUCUAACAAUCUCUGGGAAUUCUAAAAUGACAAAAUUUUUGAGUUCGUUCACCUUCAAAGGAAUGGAAAGCGGAGUGGCUGCAGUUAUCGAGAACAACAAAAAUCUCAUGGUUUCUCAAGCGCUUUGUCAAUUCUUUGAUACCAGGAAAUCAGCAAUUGUUAAGAAUAAUCUAUCGAACUGUGGUAAGUUUAGGACUGUUUGAGCAUAUUACACAUUUACAUGCUCAGAAUUCAAUAACAAAACGGCAGAGUACGACAGAACUCCUCUCAAUGUCGAUGUCUAUUAUGGGCUGCCUAAAUAUAUGCAAGUGAUUCAAUCCGAACCGAACAGCGGAGAUCCACAAAGCCAACCUGAAGCGAAUAAUAAUGGCACAGAGAUUUCAAAUGAAGAGGAAGGCAGUGGGGAGGAAGAUUCUUCCGGCAACUUCCCAAAUCCUAUCACGUUCACUCUACUGCUGUUGAUAAUCCAACUAUUCUAUCAUUACCUACAAUUAUAA